AUGGCUUGGACUAGACCAUCGCAACCAGCAAUUCCCGUCGUUUGGCAUACCUUUCAGGCUAAGGAUGGCGAAGGCAGCGACGGGCGAAUCGUUACCUACCAAGUUCAGGACCUAACCGAAGACCGUUAUGAAGAUUUGGUCAAACAUUUCCUGAAUCAUUUCAUGGAAGAAGAACCGAUGACCGUUAGCAUGGGUGUUCCGAAGAAUCAACAAUCCCGUGCCGGGGUUGUCAACCUAUGGAGAUCGAUUUUGAAGGAGAAAAUGACUCUCGUCUGCUACAAGGAAGGAUCCAAUGAAAUUAUCGGUGCCAAUAUACUAGCUGUGAGGGAUAAUGCAAAUUAUUCAGACUACGAGUUCGAAGGUGAAAAGAAACAAAAUGUACAGCGCAUUAUGGAGUACGUUUCGAAGCAGUUCAACUGUGCCGAUCAUUAUGGUACGGUUAAUCGAUUGAUUGCGUACGGUCUUUCCGUUAACAAACGAUACCGAGGAAGGGGAAUUGCAACGGAAAUCCUGAAGGCUCGGGUACCGAUGUGUAAAGCACUGGGAAUCAAACUUGCUGCGCAUCCCUUUUCGGCUCCCGGAUCUCAGGGCGCCGCAACAAAAGCCGGUUAUCGAACGGACUAUGAAAUAUCAUUUGAAGAGCUUGCCAAGUUGGGCCCAGAAUACACCUUGCCAGGCAUACAAUCGAAAUAUUUCAAGUUUAUGAGUUUCCCGAUUGAAUAG